AUGUCGACGUCGACCGUGACACCUCUCGUCGCAGCGUCACCCCUCGGACGCCCUUUGCCCUUUGCACCACACGCUGUCUCUGUAUCGCUUCCAGCAUGGCAGGACAAUGUGGAUUACCAAGAAUAUGUACCCCGAGUCAUCGACGCGAUGAAAACAGGCUACCCUCGCUUUUUCAUCCAUCGUUCAGUUCAAAAGCUUGCCAGCAUGUGCGAACGCAAGCUUGGUCAAGAGGAGCGUGCAAUGCUCUUCCCUUGUAGCACAUAUGCCAACGCAUGUAGCGACUUUAUCUUACGCAACGAACCCAACGCUAGCGUCCGCAUUGUGCAGUUUCACAUUUGUCCCCCUGGUACCCAGUCAACUACCAUUUCAGCACCAACAUCGCUCAAAAAAGAAGAAAUAAACAGACAAUUGGUACAUGGCAUCGAUGUUUACGUCGUACUCUUCAAGCAAGAGCAAUGGAGCCUGGCCAGAGCCUUUUGGCAGCAUACCGGGAUGGGUAUCUCAAGUCGUCUCGUGGAACAAUGUCUUCAUCUGCUUGAUCCAAAUGCCUCUAAUGUAAAUGGGUCGGCUGCCUCUGAAGAAUCCUCCGUCCAUGGCGAAAACCAGUCCCACUCCGCAAAGGGUCUCCCAGAAGCAUCGAGCGAGUCGACGAAGCGAAACGACAUCCGGGAGCGCAUCGUUGGGUUAAUUACAGAGGAUGUUCUGGAACCAAACGAAAAGACCUAUCCGGAUGGGGGAUCCAGUUCUAGGACACGUCGAGUCCCAAACCUUUCGCCAGAGGAUGUAUUCUUGUUUCCUAGUGGAAUGUGUGCUAUAUGGCAUACGCACCAGCUCCUCCUCAAGGUACUCGGUGACCAAAAGAGCGUCUGCUGGGGGUUCCCAUACGUUGACACGCUCAAAAUUCUCCAGAAAUGGGGCCCUGGAUGCUUCCUCUUCGGGCAUGGAGACGAAUUUGAGGAGCUCGAGGCGCUAUUAAAGACUCAGAAGGAAGCAGGGACUCUAUCCUUUCUCUCUUUUGCGAAUUACGAGUUUGCGAUCGUCGUCGACGACACUGUCGGCAAUUAUGCAAACGUACACGUUUUACCGUAUGCAGAUGUGGUCUGUACCUCAUUUACAAAGGUAUUUAGUGGGGCAGCAAACGUCAUGGCUGGCGGCCUGAUACUUAACCCGCAAGGAUUGUUCUAUCAAAGGCUUCGUCCGAUCCUAGAGUCCUCUUACGAGGACACAUUUUGGGGUGAAGAUGCACUCGUCCUCGAGCGCAACUCUCGCGACUUCAAAUCACGAGUAUAUAAGAUCAACGAAACUGCCGAAGCCGUCUGUGACCUGCUCUACGCUCAUUCCUUUGAAGGACAGAAUCCGUCCAACUGCCAACCCACGUCGUCCCUCACCAUCACCAAAGUCCCAGUCAUCAAGAAAAUAUAUUAUCCAAAAUGGAUCACCCCCGACCUUUACAACAGCUUCAAGACACCCAAAGGUGGCUUUGGAGGUCUCUUCUCCGUGACAUUUACCUGUGACACCGCGGCAGUCGCGUUUUACAAUGCACUAGGUUGCGAAAAGGGGCCUAGUCUGGGCACAAACUUUACGCUCGCUUGUCCAUUUGCCGUUCUUGCACACUGGGCCGAGUUGGAAUGGGCAAGAGGAUACGGCGUGGAUCCUUAUCUAGUUCGACUCAGCGUCGGUUUGGAAGAGACGGAGAAGGUGAUUGGUUGGAUUGAGAAUGCACUUUGUGCUGCGGAAGCUGCCAUGAUGGAGCAGGAAAAGAUGGUCAAGCCAGAGGUGUAG